AUGUCAAUUGGAUCAAGCACAGGAACAGUGGUAACAGCAUCCAGUGCCUCAACGGCAUUAAGCCCACCAAAACUAAACACAGGAUCAGCCGUAUCAACACCGAGUGCCUUAACUGUAUUGAGCACAGGAACAACAGUACCAACAUCCAGUGCAUCAACAGAAUCAAGCUUGGGAAUCACUGUAUCGUCGGGUACGUCAAUUGGAUCAAGCACAGGAACAGUGGUAACAGCAUCCAGUGCCUCAACUGCAUUAAGCACAAGUGAAGCAACAUCCAGUGCAUCAACAGAAUCAAGCCUGGGAAGCACUGUAUCAACAAGUCCAACAAUUGGAACAAACACAGGAACAAGUGAAGCAACAUCCAGUGCAUCAACUGGGUCAAACACAGGAUCUGCAGUAACGCCAUCCAGUGCAUCAACGGAAUCAAGCCCAGGAAGCACUGUAUCAGUAAAUACAGCAAUUGGAUCAAACACAGGAACAAGUGAAGCAACAUCCAGUGCCCCAACUGGGUCAAGCACAGGAUCAGCUGUAUCAACCUCCAUUACAACAACAGAACCAAACAAAAGUUCCCCUGUAUCAACACCCAGUGUUUUAACUGGGUCAAGCAAAGGUACAAUGGUAACAACAUCCAGUGCACCAACAGAACCAAGCUCCGAAAACACUGUAUCAUUGAGUACAACAAUUGGAUCAAACACAGGAACAAGUGAAGCAACAUCCAGUGCAUCAACUGGGUCAAGCACAGGAUCUGCUGUAUCAACUUCCAUUACAACAACAGAACUAAACACAGGAUCAGCCGUAUCAACACCGAGUGCCUUGACUGUAUCGACCACAGGAACAACAGUACCAACAUCCAGUGCCUCAACAGAAUCAAGCUUAGGAAUCACUGUAUCGUCGGGUACGUCAAUUGGAUCAAGCACAGGAACUGUGGUAACAGCAUCCAGUGCCUCAACUGCAUUAAGCACAAGUGAAGCAACAUCCAUUGCAUCAACAGAAUCAAGCCCGGGAAGCACUGUACCAACAAGUCCAACAAUUGGAACAAACACAGGAACAAGUGAAGCAACAUCCAGUGCAUCAACUGGGUCAAACACAGGAUCUGCAGUAACGCCAUCCAGUGCAUCAACGGAAUCAAGCCCAGGAAGCACUGUAUCAGUAAAUACAGCAAUUGGAUCAAACACAGGAACAAGUGAAGCAACAUCCAGUGCCCCAGCUGCGUCAAGCACAGGAUCAGCUUGUUUUAACUGGGUCAAGCACAGAUACAGUGGUAGCAACAUCCAUUGCACCAACAGAACCAAGCUCCGAAAUCACUGUAUCAUUGAGUACAACAAUUGGAUCAAGCACAGGAACAAGUGA